AAUUGAAAAUAUUUAUAUAUUAGAUUCUUAAGCUGAUGAAGCUAAUGAGUAAAAGGAUGUCAAACUGAAAAACCUCAACAUUAUUUUGAAAAGCAGGCCUAUGAGAAAUAAUUUUAUUAAAAAAAAAAUAAAUUUAAGUCCUGCUGUAUGUAGAAUAGAAAAAUAUCAGAAUCUGAUAAUAAUAAGACUAAAUUUAAUUGGAUCAUAAAUUUUGAUAAAAUUGGAGAUUGCCAAAGAGUUACAACAAUAAAUCCUUACAUAAUGAAGAACCUUAAUACAAGCGAAAUAAAUUAAGACCAAAGAUUUAAUAGUCUAACUAGAAAAACAUAGGUGAUAAACUUUCAAAGUUUAAGGAUAUUAUACAACAAUUAAAUUAUGAUAUGUGAUACAGCAAAUAUAGAGAUAUUUAAAGUAAAUAGUAAUGUGCGAUUAAUGAAUAUAUUAGGUUUUAAAAAUUGA